GCAUUUCAGUUGUUCAUUUGACUCGGCGCUUAGCGGUUCAGCUGCUGCUUCUGCUUCUGCUGCUGUGUGCGUGCUUGUGGCAAGAUACAUAGAUUCAAUUCAAUUACAACUAAAAUACCGUCGAGAAGAAGAUUGCAGCACCAAAAUUUCCAUACAUUUUUUGCCGUCGGCUAGCAGCAGGGACUGGGACUGGUACUGGGACUUGACGGGACCCGACCCCCAUUCUGAAGCAUUCUGAAACAUUCCGGGUAUUCCGUGCACUCCGCUGUAUUGUUUUUGUUCAUGUUCAGCUAAGUGCGAUCAAAAUGUUAGCCAACAGCAAGGCUCUGACGGGGCAUUUGCACUUGCAACACAAGUAACUAUAUUGAAACACAAACGGAAACAACGGAAGCGGAAACGGAAACCGCAACCUAGAAAACCCAUCCUAUCCUAUACAUCAAAAUGCAAAGUUCGAAAUCGUUUUUAAUACGCGACCUGCUGGGAGACCUGAUCAAUCGGCGGCAAACGGCGGAUUCGGAAAUCGAGCUCUCCAACGAUGAUUCGGACAUUGAUAUUGAGGAUCGAUCCACUCCCGACUCGACGGCGCAUGGCUGCCAGCAAGACCUGUUGCUGUCGCACCAUCACCAUUUCCACCAUAAUGACGACUCCAGCGUGGAGUCAUGCGGCACGGCCACACCGGGUCCUGGGUCCGGUGUCGGAGCGGGGCUGAGUGCCGCAGCGGCUGCGGCGGGCGUGGCAGCCGGUCUUUUGGCGGCGGCGGCGGUUAACGGUGCCAACAGCAGCGAUCCAACCGGAGGAGGAGGAGGCGGAGGCCCAGGCAGUGGCGGCGGCAGCUAUGCGGAGCACAAGCUGCAGAUGAGCAAGAGCGGACGCAAGCCGAGACGACGACGCACGGCCUUCACCCACGCCCAGCUGGCGUAUCUGGAACGGAAGUUCCGGUGCCAGAAGUACCUUAGCGUGGCCGAUCGCAGCGACGUGGCCGAGACGCUCAAUCUGUCCGAGACGCAGGUGAAGACCUGGUACCAAAAUCGACGCACCAAAUGGAAGCGACAGAACCAGCUGCGUCUGGAGCAGCUGCGCCACCAGGCCACGCUCGAGAAGGACUUUGGUGUGCCGGAGGGCGGCGGUGGUGGUGGGGGCUUGGGCUGCUGCCCCACCGGCCUAAGCAGCUCGUUCAGUGCCGCCGCCGCGGCGGCCGCUGCAGCCAGCAAUCCGUGCAAUUUCUUGACCUCCGCUGCAGCGGCGGCAAUCUUCCGGAAUGUGAGCUAUGUGCACGGCUGCCCCAUGUAGAGAGGCCCCGCCCGCCCCUUUACUGACCCACAGAUUCCUCGAUUCCCCGAUUCCCAGAUCCCCAGUGGCCUAUGUAUAUAUAUAUUAUGGGAAAUAUAAUGGUUCUUGUGCAAUAACAUACCCAGAUGUGGAGCGGAUAACAGAGGAUGCUCGUUCUCGUACUUAUAUACCAAACGUACCCGAUAUUGCGCACAUACAUACGUACAUAUGUAUAUGUCCUUAUAUAAACCGAUAUAAUCACGAACUAGGCUUAGUCAAUUUACUCUUAACUGUAAUAUACACCAAACAUGAAACCCAAUUUUGUUCUCAUUUUUUUUGGCCAGAAUAAAUAUUUAAUUGCUAUAUCUUCGGUGUUCUUAUUUCAAUUGGGGAUCACAGAAGGAUUGGAUGAGUUCCACAAUCCACAUUCCACAAGGUAUGUGAGUAUGGGUAUCUUUCAGUUAAAGUAUGGACUCACCUUGCGACAUACCAUGUGUAUGUGGGACACGUAUACUCGUUUGCGGCUAAAGAUAAACAUUCCCUUGCAAAUGAUUCAUUGGUCGAUAGAAUCGAGCUGCGGUUCUUAUGGAUAUGGAUACAUACUAUGUAUGGUCAUUCUCUAUGAUUCGUCGCUUUCCGUUUUUCUCGAAUCUUCAAAAUUAUGGAUGAUAUUGAUGCAGAUUUUCGUCUUUUAUGGGAGCGGAGUGAAUGCGCGCAAAAUUUUGAAAUAUGUACACUUUUAAUAGUGAUAUGAUAUCCCGGGAGAGGCGUGUGGAUAUGAAUCUGGACGGAGAGACAUAACUACAUCGAUUCGGAAAUGAAUACUGAAUAUAUAUAUAUAUAUGUAUUCCUUCAGACUCUUACACACAAAACUAAUACAAGUAUAUCACA